AUGGCUACAGCUACGUAUCCACCACCUCCUCCGUAUUACAGACUCUACAAAGACUACUCAGAAAACCCUAAUUCUGCUCCUGAACCUCCGCCUCCAAUCGAAGGAACCUACGUUUGUUUCGGUGGCAAUUACACAACUGAAGAUGUUCUUCCUAGCUUAGAAGAACAAGGAGUUCCUCAACUUUAUCCCAAAGAUUCAAAUGUUGAUUACAAGAAAGAGCUUCGGUCUUUGAAUAGAGAGUUACAGUUACAUAUAUUGGAGCUAGCUGAUGUUCUUGUUGAAAGACCUUCUCAAUAUGCGAAAAGAAUCGGUGAAAUAUCUUCAAUCUUUAAGAAUUUGCAUCACCUUCUCAAUUCCUUGAGGCCUCACCAAGCUCGAGCAACGCUUAUUCACAUCAUGGAACUUCAAAUUCAACAGCGUAAACAAGCCGUGGAGGACAUUAAGAGGAGGAGAGAAGAAGCACAACGACUUCUUAAAGAUGCUUUUGUGACUUUAGAUGGACAAUAG